AAUCUACAGCCAGCUGAAAUUAAAUGUAUAACUUGUCGUUAACAUUUAAUCACGACUGUAUCUUAUCGUAUCGUAUCUAAAAGAAACUGAAUAAGUAUCUUAAAUUUUCGCGUGUUGUACGGGUUUAGUACGCAGGCGUUCAUUCAACCACGGUAUUGAUUUGAAUGCGCAAUGCCAAAUAACGAUAGUUGGUCCCAUUCGGAAAUGCGGACGUUGGUUCCCAGGACUGGUCACGUCGUCCAGUAAUCAGGCUGUAUUAUUCGAAAAGCUUGUUCAUUGUGAGACAAAGACUGUGUAAAGCAAAAAGAAUCGGAAAAAAUGGUUGGACCGAACAUUUCUUUGUGACUAACCGUUCCGGAAGGUGGGUCAACCUCUACGCAGGGCGCAUCCUUCAGGACACCUUCCGAACACGAACGUGCCAAUACGGAACUCGCGACGCUUUGCAAGGUGUAUCCUGUGAGCCCUGUAACAGGGCCCGGAGCAGCGAGGUCCGUAUGGGAACUAAGCCCCGAUCCCGACAUGGUCGGGCAUCUACCAAACACUCCAAUUUCUAGCACCGCUCAUCAGAGUCAUGGAUCGUCGAAGGGCACUGAUUUACAGCCACGAAAUGGCCCCGAUGACAAUAUUUAUGCCGACGAACACGCGCCAGGCCAAACACCAUCCGACGAGACUAGGAGAAUCUUUGAACUUCUCAGAUCUGGUGAAAUCGAAGCCGUUGAUGAAUUAGUAGACAAAAAUGGGUUGAGUGUACUAAGCGCAAGAGAUGAAUGGGGCUAUACUCCUGCCCAUUGGGCUGCAUUGGAUGGAAACAUUGAAGUAAUGAGGUAUUUGAUAGAAAGAAAUGGACCAGUUGAUCUUUCUUGCCUAGGAACACAAGGACCUAGACCAAUACACUGGGCUUGCAGAAAAGGCCACAGUGCAAUAGUUCAAUUACUGUUAAAAGCAGGAGUUGCUGUGAAUGCAGCAGACUUUAAAGGUCUAACACCUCUGAUGACUGCUUGCAUGUUUGGGAAAUUCGCGACAGCUGCAUUUCUGUUAGGUUCUGGUGCAUUGGGACAUUUAACAGACAUAAACGGUGAUACUGCUCUCCAUUGGGCAGCUUACAAGGGCCAUGCAGAAUUAAUUAGAUUACUUAUAUACAGUGGAGUAGACUUACAAAAGCCAGAUUAUUUCGGGUCUACUCCAUUGCAUUUAGCGUGCCUUUCCGGCAAUAUUAGUUGCGUUAAAAUAUUAUGCGAAAAAAGUAAGAUCGAAUUAGAACCUCGUGACAAAAACGGAAAGACACCGUUACAGUUGGCAAAGAGUCAUAGGCAUUCGGAAAUCGUUAGGAUACUUCAGGCUGAACAGAAACGACGGGCUAGAUGGAUUCCUCCUAUCAACGAACUUUGGGCACUAUUAUUUGGUGGAGCUGGAAACAGUAAAGGUCCUAUACUGCUCUUUAUGAUAUCCGUUUUACUGUGGGGAUAUCCGAUGUAUCUACUAAAAUGUAUUCCACUGACAUGGAACCUUUUACGCGGCAGUCAUUAUUGCUUUAUUUAUUGGAACGUUGUUAUGUGGAUUUCUUGGAUCGUAGCAAAUAGAAGAGAUCCUGGCUAUGUACCACAAAACAGCGAGACUUACUAUAGGGCCAUUAAACAAAUUCCAUAUUUUGAUAAAUGGAAAAAGAGAAACGUGUUACUAUCUCGAUUGUGUCACAGUUGUAGAUGUUUCAGACCACUGAGAGCAAAGCAUUGCAGAAUCUGCAAUAGAUGCGUUACAUAUUUUGAUCAUCAUUGUCCAUUUAUAUACAAUUGUGUUGGUUUAAGGAAUCGGAUGUGGUUUUUUCUUUUUGUUAUGUGCGUAGCGAUAAAUUGUUCGUUUUCAAUUUACUUUGCUUGUUACUGUAUGGCGAUGGAAGGAAUUCAAUUAUUAUACGUAUUAGGUGUGUUAGAAGCUUUGGUGUUCUGUGGACUCGGAUGGAUUUUGACGUGCACUUCGGUGUUGCACGCCUGUAUGAAUUUAACUACAAACGAAAUGUUUAAUUACAAACGAUAUUCGUAUUUGAGAGACAAGAAGGGCAGAUACUUGAAUCCGUUUAGUAGGGGCCCGGUUCUUAAUUUUAUCGAAUUCUUCCUUUGUUCACCGAAUCAUCAAGCAAAUGACCCCCAAAGUUAUCAUAUACUUUCAGAGGAUAUCAUGUGAGAUAUUGCAAAUUGUGAUCACAAUUUUACAGCGCCUUUGCACGCUUAGAAAAUGAAAAAUAUUCUUAAUUAUACAAUUCAUACUAUUUUUUGGACUAAUUACAACAUAUGUACCUGCACACGAUCUACAUCGUUACUGCUUCUAAUAUUAUCACUUUUUAUCUACGAUAUUAUUCAUGAAACAUGUUUCAAUAAAUAAUUUAUUAACUUA